UGAAUAAUAAGAAGCGUGGAUUUGAACUCAUGCCAUUGCACUGACUCAUCCAGGGACAGCAAAGGAGCUCCGAGAAGGGGAUACGCAGAGAGGCGCUCGGCGGCAAGAAAAGGAGAGGGGCGGGGGGCGGGUGACAAGGGGAGAACCGGAUCGCCUCCGUAACAGGGCAGGUCGGCAUCAAGGGUUAAAAGAUCACGACUUAAGAGGCACAUUUUGAACGACAACAAAUAAACAAGCAAGGAUCCUCAGAUCCCGGGCUGAAUCAUCCAGUCCAGUUAGAGCAGGAAGCCGGCACUUUUCUGAAGGGCUUAAUUACACAGGAGGCGAAGAUCCUCCUGACUUCAAAACUCCGGAGCCGCCGAGGCUGCCAUAGCAGAAGACGGAGCCGCAGGAAGUUGGAAGGCAGGGAGGGGGAUCAGGCGCACCCUCUCUGGGGGCUUUCUCGACUUUAGAUAAUAAACUGCCGUUUGGAAAGGGGAGUGGGGUUUUUUUUAAUUAGCACAUCACCGGUUGAAUGUACAAAAUCAAGUGUUAAUUUUUCAUACGGGGCUCAAUGAUUUGGGUCUAGAGGAAGAGGGUUUUUCCCCCCCUAUAAGCCAGGGAGGUUUUGGGGAGGGUUGUUUUUAACGCUCACGGUCCUGCGUCUCAAGGAACAAGCAACUCAGGAAAGGAUUGCGUUUGCCAUUGCUUGAAACAGAGAGGGAGGAAAAAACCGCCAAAAGCUACCAUCUCUCUGUGAAAAAGAGGCAGCCGAAGCAAAAAAAAAAAUAACAAUAAUUUUAAAAAACCCAAGAUCGGAAGCAAGUGAGGCAGAGAGAGCCAGAGAAAAAGGCAGCGCGCGGCUGGGAGUUUUUCUUUUUUCUUCUUAAGUUCAUCAUUUCCCUCCUGCUUCCACCUCGGAUCAUGUACCAGGACUUCCCGGGGAACUUUGAUACCUCCUCUCGGGGCAGCAGCGGUUCUCCAGGCCAUCUGGAAACUUACUCCAGCGUGACACCUCAACAGAAAUUCCGGGUAGAUAUGCCAGGAUCGAGCAGUACUUUUAUCCCCACUCUGAACGCUAUCACCACCAGCCAAGACCUGCAGUGGAUGGUCCAGCCCACUGUGAUCACCUCCAUGCCAAGUGCCUACUCUCGCCCGCAUCCCUACAGCCAUGCUCUGCCGAAUCUGUCUUCGGUUUCUGGUCACACAGCGCUUCAGAGACCUGGUGUCAUUAAAACCAUUGGGACCACAGUAGGCAGACGGAGGCGAGAUGAACAGUUGUCACCUGAAGAAGAGGAGAAGAGAAGGAUUAGAAGAGAGAGGAACAAGUUAGCAGCUGCCAAAUGCCGCAACAGACGCCGAGAACUGACAGAGAAACUCCAGGCAGAAACAGAAGAGCUGGAGGAGGAGAAAUCUCUGUUGCAGAAGGAGAUUGCUGAUUUGGAGAAAGAGAAGGAGAAGCUGAAGUUCAUGCUGAUGGCCCACAGUCCCAUGUGCAAGAUCAGCCCUGACGAGCGCCGAACCCCACCUUCUCAUAGCCUCCACACAGUCCGGACUGGAGUGAGUGGUGCCAUAGUAGUGAAGCAGGAGCCAGUGGAGGAAGAGAUCCCCUCCUCAUCUUCUGACCUGGAAAAAGGGCAGAGGUCUGUUAUCAAACCCAUCAGCAUCGUGGGGGGCUUCUAUGGAGAAGAGCCUCUCAACACUCCCAUUGUGGUGACCUCGACACCUGCCAUCACUCCUGGCACAUCUAACUUGGUCUUCACGUACCCCAGCGUGCUGGACCAGGAGUCUCCACUCUCCCCUUCGGAAUCCUGCUCCAAAGCUCACCGGAGGAGCAGCAGCAGUGGUGACCAGUCCUCAGAUUCCUUGAACUCUCCAACUCUCCUGGCCCUGUAACCCUCUCCUUUUUGCCCCCACUCUACCCCCUUACUCUGGGGGGAGAAGCCCCUCCUUGAAAUCAAAGACCAGCACAAUGUGUUCAAGCACAAGGGGUCCAAGAGCAAGAUGGGGAAAUAAUGUACCCCCAGGUACUUCCUGGGAUAGGAGGAACCAGACCAAAUGUAAGCCAUAUAGAGAUGGGGAGUUAAGACAGAAGUCACACAGCUGGGAUCUGAGUGCUUGGACAAUAUGGUGAGGGAGGAGGAGUUCACCCACAGUUUAGUGUGCUCUUGGCCUGGAGUGGAUAUGAGCUUCAGUAAAUUACUAGCCAUUCCCCUGUUAUUCUGAUGAAUGGACUGGUCUGACCAGGUUACACUGUGUGCUUAGUAGUACAUUCCAGUUAGUUGAUCUCAUGUAGGUCUUAACCUUUUAUUUGUAUUGGAUGCCAUGACAUUUCGAAAACUCUAAAGGCUUGUUGCAAUUGUUGUCAAACCGCUGCUGAUAUUGGGAGUCUGCCUAUAGGGAAUUCUUGCUAUUAUUUGGUAGUUAUGAAUAGAUGACGAUGCUGAAAAUGAGAGGAAUGAAUAACAAGUCCAAAUCAUUCUUUAAAAGUUGCAUUCCCAACAGCUUAGUGGAGCGAGGUGGGUAGGAGAUUUGACAUGAUGGAUAUUUUGUUAACAAAAAAGGUUUCGCUGAAGGACACAGAGUGUGGAGUGAGGGGGGCAUGUUUCUCAGCGUGCUUUAAGGGUCAUGUUUUCAACAUGUCUUGUAAGUGGUUCAGGAGUGGUGCCAGGGGAUCCAAGGAUAUGCCAGAAUUGAUUUCCACUCAGCCUUUGUCACUGGUAUGGCUUCUUCUGUAAUUAGUGUUUGUCACAUCUGUUGCUGGACCCUGUGUUUCCUUUCCUUUUGGCUGCCAGCCACCUUGGGUGUGAUGCAUCCUCAUCAAUGCACCUGAGUCAGAUGCUGGUGCCGUUCCUUGAACACAGCGUGACACCUCAAUCCACAGACUGUAGCACUUCAGCAGCGCCAUCAUUCUUUUCUUGUGACUGAUCCAGGAAAGGGAUCCACUCAAGGUGAAACUGCAGGAAAAGAGUUGGGGGCUCCUGUGGAAAAUUCCUCUUUAUUUUUUUUGCUAUAUUUUUACACACCAUUUCCUGGCAAAAGUCUUAUGUAUUGCUGAUCUGAUGGCUUUGGGGCUGUCUGUCCCCUUUCCCUUUCUAGACAACCAGAGGAAAAAUUCUUCUUAUGCCUUCUCUUGAUCCUCUCCUAGGCUUGGUCCCUGUGCAUCCAAGAGGACUUGGUUGUUUAAAAACCUGUGUUCACUACUGAAAUGGGCAGCAUACUUCACUCCAUUCUUUUUCUAGGCCAACGCAAAAUCCCGUUAAAGACUAUUGCAUAUAGACUGUGCAGCUGUUUGGUUUUGUAGAGAGGCAAACCAAUGACUCUUGGAGCAAUGGGCUGAGUCCUGCAUACUGUAGAGUUUGGCUUUGUUUGUUAUACAUAGAACAUUUCAUUUGUUCCAAUCCAAUGAGGGUUCCUGUGAUGAGCAUAUUUAUGUACAGGUUUCCACUGGUUUUUUUUUAAUGGGUCCAGCAGGCCAGAUGGCUAAGGGAUCUGUAACCGCAUUUUGCGGAUUUGAGGACUAGCUUUCUGAGCUGAGAUAACUUCUUCAAGCCAUGUUUAACUCCACUGGUGAGCAUCUUUGCACUAUGGCUUUGGCUUAAAAGCCAAGGAAUUCUUUUAAGUAUUUCCAAUUAAAUUGAUGACCAAAUUCCCAUUGAUUUUAAUAGAUUUGGAUUGCAGACAUAUUUUCAGGUCAGCGACUUAGUGCAAAGGGGGAUAUAUAAGCUAGGGUGAUUUUGAAAACAACUGAGCAUUUUUGUAUCAAGAAAAGUCAAAAUCUGAAUAAAUCAUGCAAAUUCGGAUAAACAUUAUUUUGCAUUAUUUAUUCUGCCAGUAAUAGCCAUGAGGAGGAAGGACCUAAGCAGAGCGCUGAAGCUCCACCUUUAGCCAUUGGCUGUCUUGCUUGGCAUCUCUCUGGUCUCUGAAACCCUAUCAGGCAUUACCUAAAUUUCCUCAUGCCCUUAAAAGUGAGAGAAAACUGUGUUUCCAACACUUAUGAAUUGUAUCUGAUACCAAAUUUGGUACUUUAGUAAUGGGAUCACUUACAGCGUGAAAUGGACACAGUUCUAGCUGUAACGUUUGUUUCUACAUGCUAUACCUCCCCCACAAAAUGUUUCUUUCCAUGCAUUCCUUUACUUCACAUUCCUGCUCUAUACUGUGCUGUUACUAGAGACUCCAUUCUAGGCUUCUGUUUACUGGUUCAGGGAGCAUUGUGCCCUCAAUAAGAUGGGCAGAGAACCUAAGUCUCGACUUGUAACCAUUUUAAAAAUAACACCAGAACCCCUUGGACCAAAGUUAUUGAUAUGCUUAGACAAAGCUUUUCACUGCCUAGGCAGAUUUUUUAAAAUCUCCGCCUCAUGUUCUCAGCCCAUGCAACUGCACUCUGGGCCAAUUUGGACCGGAUUUCCAUGUUCUUCGUAGUGAUUCUUGGAAGCUGGAGGCUAAAUGCAACUGAAGCACCUGCUGUGCCUGGCUUGUAAAUUAAAGAAUUAUUGGCAGAAGGGGAAUACGUUCUCUGAAAUUUUCAGUGGUCUCCAAGUCUGUGUGUGUAGUGGUAUUCAACAGAUGGGAACAUGCAAAACCGCCCAUAUUCUGAGUUUGGAUCGCUGAGGUCAAGGAACCCAAGCUGGUCAGAGGCCUAUUAGAGAAACAAUUGGAUAACGUUAGUAGAUGGCAAUUGUUUAGCAACUGUUUUCUGAAGUAGUGUGAAACUUUUGUGAAAGGCAAUAUUUAGAACAUGUGUGACAGGCCGCCUUCAUAGAAGAGCUCCCUCUCUAAAGAGAGGGACAUUCAGAUGAAUGCAGUCUUUUGUAAGUGUGUCUGGUUGUAAUGUCAGAUAUCUUUUCAGGUGAUCUCCAAGCCUUUUCUUUUCUACCACUAGGUUUGCAUAUUCUUCCUUGGGCCUAGCGACAGUGACUUGCCUUUGCUUUUGGGGCAGGUGUGUGCUGGAUUUCUCUGGGAUCUGUUUUCUUCUUUGCUUCAAAUAGAUUCACACAACCAAACCAAGCCAUAUCUCUCUCCCACAAGAGGACUUGUUGGAACCAAACAGUGCAGUUCAGCCAAUCAGUGCAGUUCAGUCACUUCAGAAUGUUUUCAGCCUUGGGCCAAUAACAUGUUCCAUUGUGUAAAUCUACCUUAGCCUCCAGAUCCUGCUUUUCUUUCAAUUAUAUUUGCAUUCUUGUCACUGGUAAAGCAUGUUGCACCUUUUUUUCUUUGUGCUGCAAAUGUGGCAUUUUGGCAUAGUGUGGUGAGAGCUUUGGCCUAAUGGAAACUUGCUGAAUGUUCCUACUUGCUCAUGGUCUGCCAGGAUGAUGAGGCAGAUCUUGAUUUAGGAAUUGGUAUGAAACCAGCAGGUGACAUCCUGGAAGGAUUAAUUUAGUUAUGGAGUUAGGAGCCUGGAGAAAGCUAGUUUUUGUUGAUGCCUGCAAGGUUAUGAACCCCCUUGCCCCAAUAAUAAUAUCAUAAUGUGUAUAUGGACUAAGGUAACCUUUCAGGUGAGGCAGAGUUCAAGCUCUUUUAAAAUUCUGUGGGAUUCAUGCUUUAAUAGUUGGGACUCUGAUCAAAGAAUUAUUUGCCCACAUAUAGGUUAAAACAACAUGUAAGUAACUUGAUAAGUAGGGAUGCCAUCUUUUGUUACCUCAGAAUAUUUCUGAGAAAGCCUAGCAACUUAAUUUGAAGGAAAUAUCUUUGCCUCCCAACACUUACAUCAUUGCUUCCCAUUUAUUCCACCUUUGUACUUGACUCUUGUAUUUGAUUUACAGCACAGUUUACCCCACCCACACCUAUUGCUGCAUGAUCUCUGUUCAUUUCAAAAUGCUUUGCCCUAGCCUUGAUAACAUAAAUGGAGGAUAGUGUGGCCCAUUGUUCUAAUAGCUUGUGCUCUUAAACCUGCAAUGUACUUCUGAUUGAAUAAUAGGGUCCAGGUUGUUAGGUUGACAUCAGUAGGUUCCCCCUCCCCCUUAAAUAUUUUUAUUUAAUUGAACUAUUGCCUUUAUUUGAACCUACCAGAAUGCUGCUUUUUUCCUGUUCCUCCUGGCGUUCAUCCUAAAAACACUCUUUCACAUUUCUCGUUAUUUAUUGGCUGGCAAAUGCUUCUUGUGUCUGCUCCAGCAAAUCUGCCCACUAUUAAUUUAACAUCCCUGUAACUUGUGUUCCUGAUUUUUAUUGCCAAAUUGAAAUUCUGCAACAUAAGAAAACCUUUCCAAAAUUAUUUUCAUUCAGUAGGGUGGGUUGAAUAUUUUGACAGGGUGCAAAUGAUCCUUUUUUUGUUUUGUUUUCUUAUUUAUAUGUAUCUAUAAAUAAUGUUUACAACUUUUCUUCUGCCUCAGACUUGGAUUUUAAAAAGAGAGCAUUAAAAUCUAUACCUUUCCUCUGUUGACUUCUUUUAAAAGUAUUGAUUUUUCUUUUCUUUAUAAAAUAUAUUUCUAAGGGUGGGGUGGAGAGAUUCCUCCCCCUUCCUGUUCACAAUUCCUUUGUGGGUUUUUUCUUCUGUGCCAGUCUUCUGCUUUUACAUGGACAGUUUCUAUAGUAAAUUCAGAAAUGGCAUGUGCAGUUUGCUCUUGCCAUGGACCUCUGUCCUAUUGUGAAUCCUUUUCCAUGUAAGUAAAGUGACAGUGUGCAUUAAAACACAUUAAUUCCGCCAUGUGAUGGUACACAUGAUUACCUUGUUGUUCCUUUAGUUACAUAUGUUAGUGCAGGUCCUAGUGCACAUGGUUUCCUAUUUGCUUACAGGUACAGCCUUAUAUAUUUUGCCAUCGGAACAAUUAAAAAGGCAGGGUUUUUUUGUUUUUUACUGUGAUGGCUGAUAUGAAGCCAUUAACUACUAUGCCUUAGAUAUAAUCACCAGUGUUAUCAUAAGCAAAGUUACACCCUUCAGUAGAUUAUGAAUGGUGAGUACCUCUUCUUAGGCUAGUGCUGUUACCUUGUAAAUUAUCAAUUAAUUGACAAAAAGAAAUGGCUGUCGUGCUUAAAAGGUACAAUGACCUGUUGUGUUGAUACUCAAGAUUACACAUAUGCAUGACUUUAUCUAUGCAGGGAACAAUCAAUCAAACAUGUAAAGUAAAGGAAUGGAAAGCCAUGGUAAGAGCAAUAUGGUCUUUUGAAACAGCGGAAAUCCAAGCCAGAAGAUCAGCAGAAGGGAAAAAUAACUGUUGCUUCUCUUUGAUCAUAAUGCAGCAAAUCAGAACCACUAAAUCUAAGCAAGGGAAGGGAAUGGAGAGUGAGGGAAAUUUGGAAGCAUCCUCAUCUAUAGGGGUUUUCCUGUAUAAAAUGUAUAAAAAGACACUUGUUUCCACAGAUGCAUUAUCAAUCCUCUGCACGUAGUAAAUGGAGCUGGAAGAACUGUCUUGGAAUACAAGAAAUUAAUCAAAAUGUUUUCAGUCCUCUGAAAUGAUUUUCUUCUCUCCUACUUUGUACAAUUAAAAAGUUGGUCCACUUUCAUGUUGGUGAUUGUUUGAUGUGGAAAAAUAUUGAAUUAUGUGUAGAAAGUAGACCUCAGAUUUGUCUUUGCUCAGUGAGCGGAUACAGUGUUGUAUAUAUACUACUGUGUAGUCUUGAGUAAUUUUGGUGAGAGAUGGUGCAUCUUCAUUAGCACAAUAGUUUUCCUAGUUUAAAUGGAUGAAUGCUUUAAGAUUCCUGAAGACAAAAGGGCCUGACUCUCAUUCUGUUUACAUGGCUGCAAUCCUAAAUGCACUCACAUUAGAUAGAUGUAUGUAACUACACUGGUGAUAACCUUAAUAGAGGAAGUGGUCUAAGUGAUCCAGUUUGUGCUGCAAAAUCACAGAGAUCAAUAAAAGUUUGGAUGGGCCAUUCUAAUUUUUUAAGUAUUUUUAGCCCCAUUCCCUUAAUUUGGGGUGAAACAGUCCUGUUAAAAGUUCUUUAAAAUGACCACAUUGAAAUCCUUUUAGAUAUUUUUUGUAGCUCUUCCUACAGUGGAGAAGCUUGCCUACAUUGUCAAUUGUUUAUUUCCUUGUAAUACAGACCUGUCAUAUUUGCACUAAAAAUCACAAUGAUUGAAGCAAUUAUAUGGAACCUGAUUUGGGAAAGCUUGCUGCUAAGAAAUAACAUACUAAAAUGAUGGUCAUGCUUUUUACAGUUUUCAUGGAGUAUUAUCAUUUUGUAGAAUAAAAUCACUCUAGAUUGAAAAGAAUGAAGGUUUUAUAACUAUAUAUAAUUAUUUUUUACCUUGCCCUUCAUUUCACUCUCAUUCCGUUCCAUCCUCUGUCACAGCUUCUUUUCUGCUGGCUGAACAUGUUUACUUCCCCCACCCUUCCCCAUGUUAGAACAAUUGUAAAUUCUGCUUUAAUGGCACUGCGGACACCUUUUCUUUUCCUGGAGAAAUGAGAGCUAACUGGAGUUCUUCUCUUUGUUUGGUUGAAGUCAUUAAAAGAUUCUCUUCGUUAUGAAUAAGUAAAA